AAAAAUAAUUAUUAAUGUUUGGCAGAAUUACAUGUAUUUAUGCAAAUGCAUUAUGCAACUGAAGUACACAGUUACCACUUGCCUUCACAAUAUGGCUAUCCAAAUGGAAGAAAUUUCACAGUUAACCUGCCGCACAAGAGGGAAAAUUGCUUAAAUAGAGUGUGAUCGCCAGAAAAUCUAACUGCAACGUGACAUAAUGGGCAAUUGUAAUUAUUAUGGAAUUGCAAACUGGUAAGAAUUAAAUUACAUUGUUUGUGACUCUUUUCGCCCAUUCCUUCUUGAACUGGUAACGUGGACCUCUGUUUGGUGCUUUCUCUGUUAGAAAACAUUACUGUUUGCUACUUUGCACUAAAACCUUGUAAGAAAAUCGAUGCCACUAUUAAUUUCAUGUUGGUAUAUCAUAAAUAAUCAUAGAAUGCAUUAAAGCAAAACAAUAGCAAACGGCACUGCAGAGUGACCUAAUGAUGCAGUUCCACACUGUACUUUCUGCAUUUAUUAUAAAUUUGCCCAAUCUCUUGUGUGUAUAAUAUUUUGGUCCCAUAAAUUUAAGUGGAAACCAUGGAUAAUUACAACUUGAGUAUGCUCCACAGAGGCUCCUUUACAUGCAGAGAGCUUUUACAUGUACAUUUAACAAGUCAAGUACUUAACAGUUUUAUUUUGAGAAAAAUGCUGACAAAAUUCUCUCAAAUAUCAAUUGAUACCCAUUUGGAUCAAAAGUUUGAACAUCACUGAACAUUGGUGCAGUAUGAACAAUCUCUUGCUAGCAUAGUUCAAUAUUACUUAGGUGGAAAAAAUUGUAUUAUUUAUUUGACCUACCAGAGUAAGGGUUUUUCUUCUGGCUAAAACAUAUUUAGCCAGCUGGUGACCUAUCUGUCUGUUCUUUUUCUUUGUUGUUUAUACUGCCUUCCAAUCCUUUUGUACUUGCAGGUAACUUGAGGUUGGCCUACAAUGGAGGACACAUUAAGGUCCCUUUUUUUGAAACUUCAGGAUGUUGUCCACUGUAGAUGUGUGAACAGUGUGACAAAAGAGGGAGCUAAAAAUUUUCUAACUGCUCCUGGUGACCUCGCCAUUUCCCAGGAGGAUAAAAAUACUUUCAAAUCAUUGCUUUCCCUUGUUGAGGAGACCAUUUUGAAAGCAUGGAGUGAUAACCAAGCUGAGUUCCUAGUUCUAACUCGCUUUGAGGAUGACAAUUUAAACCAAGUGAACUAUAUGUCAGUCCUAAGUUCUUUUGGAUUUUUACAAGAUGACAAAACUUCAUUGGAAAUGGUUAAGAGUUACAUAAAAAAUCAUUGUGACCAAUACUAUGCCAAUGCUUUCCUCUUGAUGAAUAACCUUGGGGUCAUGUUUAUUGAAAAUGCCUUAUAUGAUGAGGGUGAAGAUUGCUUGAAUAUGGCCAAACUUUACUGUCGACAUCAGGACAAUAUUAAAGAUGCAGUAAUUACUUUGAACCAAGCAGUUCUGAAGAAGACCUUGGGUAAAUACAAAGAAGCGGCCAAUCUCGCUACCACUGCAGCUUCCUUGUGUCAUGACAUCUCUAUGAGAACAACAAAUGAUGCCCAACUACCAGUGAAGUUGCUGGGAAGAGUUGCUAGUAUGUUACAAGAGUUUGGAAACCACCAAAUGUUGAAGAAGAUUCUAAGAACUGCUGUUCACUUUGACAUCCCAGGUGCUGACAAAGCUGCUACAACUGUUUUAUCCAAACAAUUGAUGAAAAUCCAGCUUGAGGGAAUGGAUAAAAAAAUUGAAGUCAAAGAAGUGAAAGAUUUUAUCUCCCGUUUACUUGCUUUGCUAGCUAAACCAGAUCCUUCUAAGAUAUCAAUGGAUGCUGAGCUCUUAAGAAUUUUUAUCAAUGCAGCAAAGCUUUGCCUCAGUAUUGGUCAAUGCAAAGAAGCCUGUGAGUUAUUAAAGAAGUUGCAAAGUAUUUUCCCUCUUGUCCAUGGUGAAAAUAGUUUUCUCUAUGGAUUAUUACUAUACCAAAUGGGCAGCUUCCUGCAUGGUUCUGGAAGGUUUAAUGAUGCUGAGACUGCACUGAAACAGGCUGAAGGUAUCUUGAUUUGUUAUUGUGGAGAAAGUCACCACUCAGUUGCCUUGUGCAGAAGUGUUCUGGGUUCCUGUAUUUUGCUAAAGGGCAAUGUCAAAGAUGCCUUAGAGUACCUCAAUAAAGCCUUGACAAUCUUCAAGAAGCUAAAUCCCUUUCAUCCAGAAGUAGGGGAGAUUCUUUUGAAAUUUGCCUUCUGUUAUGCUGAAGAGGAAAAUUUCCAGCAAGCCCAAGAAACCUUGCAAGAAGCAGAAACUAUUUUCAAAUUGUCCUGUGGUGAGACAUCCUGCAAGAUGGCUAGUACAUACUUCCAAGUAGGAAUGAUCUUGCAGAGGUUUAAACAGUUCCGUUUGUCAGCUGUUGAGAAAAUACAGAAAGGCAUUGAAAUGAUGGUAAAUCUUGGAAUGAAUUUAAAUCAUCCUGAUGUCAUGUUUUGGAGCAGUUUUCUUGGUGUCUUAAAGAAAUCCUUGGGCAUGGUGAAAGAGGCAGAAAAGUGCUUUAUUGAUGUCCAAAACAAUGUUCCCAUUUGUGAUUAUGUAGGCAGCAAGGAAACAGAAAUCCUUACAUCCGAAGACUGGUUCCUGCACUACAGAGACACAGCUGAUGAUAGGAGAAGCAGAUCUUCAUUUGUGAAAGCGCAGGUCAUUUCUCUUGUUAAUUUGGUGCACAUGAAAGGAUGUGCCAAGAGAAUCCAGUAUCUUGAUAAACUUGUGUGCUGUGUGACAGAAGAAGAAAUAGAUGAAAUUAAUGUGAGGGAUUUUGCAGGCCAAGAUGUGUUUCUAUUUACUCACAAGAUUCCUUCAUUCAACCGACCUGCCGUCUUAAUUAUACAUGUAUGUGAUUCAUUGUCUGAUAGAUUAGAAGCUGAUGAUGACAUUGAUUCCAAAAUGUUCUUGUCAUCCUCUGGAGAAAAGUCACCCUUCACUUUGUUUUGGAGGAUUCAAAGUAGAGGUCUGGACAUUAAAGAAAUCAACUGCCUGGCUGCUUCCUUCCGCGAGAGCGUAAAAAUGCUAUUUCUGCAACCAAAGUUUAGAAAAGGUUUCAAAGAAGGAAAGGAUCUGUAUUUGGAACUCCCAGGUUCAGCAGACAUUUCUUCUUUUUCAAGUCACCUUGACCGCCUCCCGUUACUGGUUGAACUGGAGUUAACAAAAUCACAAGAACAGUGUGAUGAUUUUGAUUACUUGACAUCUUGGCAAUCUUCUGUGGACUUUGCUGUGCAUUCUGUACCACAUGUCUCUUAUUUUUCCUUUACGUGUGUCAACCAGCGUGAGACAGAGUUUGUUUUUGACCAUUUGAGCCAAAAUUUGGGUCAAAAUUUGGCACUAAAGGGUUUCCAUGAAGAUGUACAAGUAAUUUCUGAUGUUUCCCUGGAAGAAAAUGUUGCUAGAUUCAUCUUUCAAGAGUCUCAAAAUUUGUUUUUAACCGUUGUUGUUAGGAAUCUUUCAGUCAUUGUAAAAUGUUGCUCUGUUAAGGAAUCCGAUGCAAACUGCCUUUGUUCCUCAGUAAGAAAUGCUCUGACUGUCACCAUUGAGUCAUUAUUAGAAAUUGCCAGCAUAAACUUGGAGACCUCCAUGCUGCUGGAUUGUGAAGGCAUUGGAUCUGUUCUUGGCCAUGAAGAAUAUUUGAAUGGUAACUGUAGUCAAAGUGUAAACUGUAACCCAGUUGGUUGUAGUUUAACUUUGGAAUCUGGGAAUUCAACAAUAACAGACCGAGAAAGCAAAACAGCGUCCAAUUCCACAAGGAAACUGAGAGUAACUCUGUUAAGCUCUGAAUGGAGCUCUACAAAGGGAGGCUUGUCAACCAUCAACCGAGAGCUGGCCAUUCAGUUGGCAAAACACCCCAGCGUGGAGGUCAGUGUUUAUCUCCCUCAGUGCAGUGAAGAAGAUAAACAAGUUGCUGCAAGUCAUAGUGUCCAUCUCAUGAAAGCAAAGGAAAUGCCAGGUUAUGACCCAGUUGACUGGUUGUCCUUUCUCCCAGAACACCAUGCUGUAGACUGUGUUGUAGGACAUGGGACUGUCCUUGGACGGCAGGUGCAGUUCAUUAAGCGUAAUCAUAACUGCAAGUGGGUUCAGGUGGUACAUACUUCUCCAGAAGAAAUUGGAAUGUACAAAGGAUAUGGAAAACACAUUUCCCAAGGCGAGGAGAAGCACCAAGUGGAGGUUGAACUCUGUAAAUUAGCUGAUCAAGUAGUAGCAGUGGGACCCAAGCUUUUUGAAGAAUACUCAGGUUACCUUCGUGCCUGUGGAAAGGAUCAAAAUGUUUUCAGUCUAACUCCAGGCGUCUUCUCUGAAUUUGCCGACAUAAGGCAUGCCAAUGAAGAGAGAAGAACAUUUAGUUUGGUAGUGUUUGCACAUGGUGAUAAUGAAGAAUUCCAGUUGAAAGGAUAUGACAUCGCUGCUGGUGCUUUUGCUGAGUUGAAAGACGAGCCACAGCACUAUAAACUUUUGUUUGUUGGUGCACCAAGUGGAAAAGAGGAAAGAGUACAAGAUUUAUUACUCAAUUAUGGCAUUGAUCGCAGUCAACUAACUGUACGUUGCUUUAAUGGAAGCAGAGAGCAGCUAGCUCAACUAUUUUGUGAAGUAGACCUUGCAAUAAUGCCUUCGCGAACUGAAGGAUUUGGACUUGCUGCCCUUGAGGCUUUGUCUGCUGGUCUGCCUGUGCUGGUCAGUGGGAACUCUGGUCUAGGUCAGGCCUUAAAGAAAGUUCAGUAUGGUUCAAGCUGUGUGGUGGACUCCGAAGAUCCUAAAGAUUGGGCCAGUGCAAUCAAAGCUGUCCAUCACAAAGACAGGGACAUGAGACUUUUGGAGUCUAGAAUCCUACGUGAAACUUAUGCAAAAAUGUACAACUGGCAGGAUCAAUGUAAUAGACUCGUUGAAACAAUGCUUAACAUCACUCAAAGUAAGGAAUAUUUAGAACCCUAUGUAAGGUCUCUUAUUUUAACUGCCCACAGUAGUUAUAUAAUAUAUUUUGAAUUUGCCUUAAUAGUCUGCAAGGAGAAUGUCAAAAAAUAGCAUGCAUUAUAAACAAAGGAAAAUGUGAAGGGGAUCUUAGAAGAGUGCAAAAUUUGGAUACAUAAUUAUUUCCAUUCUCAGGUUAAGAUGAAUUCAACAAAUUGGCCUGCUCCCAAUGUCUAGGUCUUCAUAGCUCAAUUGGUAGAGCACUACAGCACUAACGCAGAGGCUAUGGGUUUGAAUCCCAAUGAAGUCCUGAAUUUUUUUUUGGGGGGGGGGGGGGGGUAGGGGGUUAAUUUGCAAUAAAUUGCAAUUGCCUCUGUGAUGAUCAUAUGUUCAUUUGAAAUUUGUAUUUCCGCAGUUCACAUCAUCUUCAUUGCAUGUUCACCCAGUUCCUCCUUGUUUACUCUGUGUAUGAUUUAACCGGCUAGUUUAAUCAUCAAAAUGAUUUUCUUUCAGGCUCAUCGAAAGGACUUCAACCUUUGAAAAAAGACAAAAGACCAACUCUCUUACAACCAUGGGGACGUGUAAAACCACUGGUUACCCAAGCUCAGAAUGUGAGUGUCCAAUACAGUGCAUGGUGUUCUGGUUAUGUAUCAGUUGAAAUGUAAUGAUAUGUAAGAAUAAAAGGAUACUUGUCUAGUUACAAGCAAACCAUAUCCAAUACUUUAGACAUGAUAGAAGUAGAAAAUAUGUUUCACAACUUGUAUGAGUGGACAAGCUGUAUUGACGCAACAGAUACAGUUGUUCAUGGAAAAUACAUCUCAUUAGUUCCCUUAGGGGUCAGCUGCUUCUAAAAGGUGUGGAGUCAUGCAAGUUGCUCAGGUGGACAAAAUUAUUGUGAUGUUAGAUUUUUUGGCAAAGUGGUUAACAAAAAUAAAAAUGAUUUUUAAACAUGCAAACAAGAUACAGUGCAUGUAGUUUGCAGCCAGGUCCAGGUUCAGUCCCUUGUAAAUAUUAUCUUCAAUGGCUUUGGCUUUUCUGUAUUUUUUUUUUCUUCUAAAAUUUUUCUUUUUCUUUUUUUAUAACUUUUGUUAUAUUUCAGUGUUACAUGUACAUGGAACGUUGAAUUUUUGCAAAUUAAUAUUUAACACUGAUGACUACCAAAUGUAACUUAAGGAUAAAAACAUUUUCCAGAGCAACUUAGUGCACCCACCACUAGAGACACCCAUGAUACAGAUUAUUAAUGACAUCAUUAGAACGAAUCCCAUAUAGUGACUUUUGAUAAACCUGUAGAUUCUCUGUUGUGAAACACCUUUAAUUUUCUUGUGAAACAGAGACAUAAACAUUUAGUUCGAGAGUCACUCAUGGCCUUAUUGGUAUUUCAUCUCCUCCCACUUUAGCAUUAUUAUUUUAUUGGUUAUUGUGUUGUAGGUUGAUAAGAGCAGCGGAAGGUCACCCACCCACCACAGUGAGGCACAUGAGUUUUCAGGUGAACAAGACAGAGGAACUCACCAGCGGUGUCAACCACUCGAAUCUACUGUCAGCUUGGAAGUAAGUUUGAAUUAACUUUGUUUGAAGGAUGUAGUAGUAGUGUUACUACUAACACUAUCUUAAGCUUCCAAGACGAUUUGCCCUUUGCAGCACACUGUAAGUCACUCACUUGUUACAUUUACAAAACCACCAUGCUGGAAAGUAAAAUAUACACUAGAUGAAAACAAGCAAAUGAAAUUGCUUUGAUUUUGAAUGAUGUGAGCUCUUUGGUUUUUCUUUCCCAUUGCAUCCCUUGCUCUCCAGCAUCAUGGCUACCCUGCGAGCAGAGGAUCCUCUCUUGCAUAGCUUUUAGCAUUUGCAAAGUCCUUCAGUAGCAUAGUUCAUUUGUUUACGCCCCCAGAGAAACCAACUAUGCGACUGACAAGCGACGCAAAUGACUUCAUAAUUGCUAAAAGCCUUGCGAAAGAGAAACCUCUGCUUGCAGGGUACAGCAUGGCGGUUUUGUACCCCAUGAAUACGUAGGGCCUAGUAAGUGUGUACUGCAUGUAACAUGACUUCCUUUCACCCAAUUACAUUGUACCCACCAAGUUCAUUUUCUGCCAGGAUCUGGAAGAUAUUUCCUGUCUUGCAUGUAAUGACAAUCUUAGUAGACUACAAGUUGCUUUCACUUCUAGGUAGGGCUGCAAUGAUACAUUUUCUCACGAUACAGUAAUGUCUCGAUACAGGUGCCAUGAUACGAUACACAAUGUGAUACAUCAUUACAUAUAACUGACAAGUGAUGUAAUCUUACUAAACUGCUUUGAAAUCAAUCAUUUCCAUUCAUAACAAAACAUGGUAAUAAAUUAUUAACACGCUGUCAUUAACAGAGCACAAUGAUGUUGUAGGACAUGAAAACUUGUAUUGGUUGUUUAGCCAGUGUAUCGUAGUUGCGAGAAACAAUGGCAACAGAUUACAGUUUCGUUUGCAACGUUUGUCACACCUUUGUGAUCAUAAAAUGCCUUGAAUCCAAAUCAUUUCAACACCUUUGAUGUAAAUGAGGAUGGUGCCAGUUCUCAUUCAGCUGUUCCACCAACACGGAAAGACAUUUUCUGACAAACAGCACGUUUUACCUGUGGGCGGGCAAGAGUGUGUCAGCUGACAACUCAGUGGAACUACACAAUGUACAUACGUGUUUGUGCCACCAUCUUGAAAAAUACAUGUACGAAGCAAGGAUGGAACUUUCUUGUCCUUUUGUUUAAUAUACAUAACUAUAAAAGGGCUUGGGUUGGCAUAAGGAGUCAUUAAAGACAGUAAUUUCUGAAUGUUGAUGAAGAAUCAUGAUAUCAUAAUAUGUUGUUCAGAUUUCCAUAUUUGUGUCAUGGCAAGAAAUAAUUAUCGCGAUUCACAGAUGCACCAGUGUAUCAUUGCAGUCCUACUUCUAGGUGGUAUGAACAGAAGGUCAAUUAACUAAAUGAUUAGUUGCUUACAAAGUAUAGAAUAAUUUAUUGGCCAAAACCAAUCUCAAUCAGGUGAAGUAACAAGAAAGUUGUACAAUUUACCUUAAGAUCAUUAAGGCUUUAUACUAACUAUAACAGCAGGCUUUUUGCAUGAUAAAAGUAAUAAUGUGUAAUCUUUUCUGUAACAGAAUCCGGACAUCAUCCACCCUUUAUACUAUCCCCAUGACAAGUUUCAUUAUGUAGAUGUUGGCCUUUGCCUUCUGGAGUACCUGUUAAAUCAUUCAAAACCUGUAUCAUAUGGAGAGAAAGGAUUGAACAGCUGUGGAACAUGGUCAACUGACGUUGUUGUGUGUGGCAGUGACAUUUCAAAUGAUUCCAGUCUGUCUUCAAGUUUGAUCUUUUCAAGUGCUACUUCGUCUUCAUUGAACUCAGUGCCUACAACCGCUUCUACGGUCCCUCUAGCGGACUAUAAUCAUUUCACAUCAACAAAGUCCCCAUGUGAGAGCUUAUCAUCUUUUGACAAGAAAUGCAAGGCAGAUCCUUCUUCUGAUGUAAUUUAUGUUUGUGAAUCCAGAGAACACCUGUCUGAUGAUCCAUUAAGAAUUACAAAGAGCAGUAGACUGUCUGUUAAUUUACCAAAGGAGCCUUCACUGUCUGUUGAUGCAUGUGCAUUUUCACAAUCAAGUUACGAGGAAUGCUUAAAUGUAGAACAGAGUUGUUGUCAUCCUGAAACACGGGAGACUAAACCAUCAAAAACAUUCACCGUCGAAAACAUCAAUGGAGCUGAGGAAGUGGUGAUAAGUUCUACUGAUCAGAAAGCUGCAGUACAGAAUAUUUCUUCAAAGGACAAGGACUCAAGUAUUGGUAAUGACAUCAAGCUCUUGACAACUCAGUGUGUUGAAGAUUUAUGUGCAAAUCAAAGUUCAAAGGUUGAAGGACCUCAACAGAGUAUUCACAGACCAUUGUCUGAGGCAAGUUUAGACAAAGUUGACACAGGAGCUGCAACUGAGGAUUUUUUUAGAACUCUGCUGGCCAAUUUAGAGGAUGAGUUGGCAGCUUCUCAGAAGGAUCGUUAUGAAUUAGAACAACAGAUCAGAAAACUGGAAGAAAGGUUGAAGCAGAGUGAGGAGGAGAAACGAGAGCUUCAAGCUGACCUAGGGAGAUACCUCUUUCUUGAAGAAAAAGAGAAGCGCCGUGGAAGGCUCCUUGGUGGGGCAACUGCAGUGCAAGAGCCUGGUAAGCCAGAGAUGUACUGAUAAGUGAUUAAACUAGUUUUCAUAACAACAACAAAAUUCUCAAAUCUCGUUGGCUAUCAACUGUCCUGAUUUCAGCACUAAUUAAGUAUUUGGACAGUACGCACCAUCGCACUUGUGCACUUGCAUGUAAAUGGCUUUUUUGUCACUGCUAGCAGUCUAAAAUAUCACCAAUUUUGUUUUGGUUAUGAUUAAUUGGUAACAGAACUCCAUUUCGUCCAAUUUGGUCUGUAAUCAUAGUCGUGAUUAACAAAUUGGACUCCCACCAUGCAGUCAUCCAAUAAUAUUUGUCUAUCACUUGCAUGAUUAGAGACCAAAUUGGACGACUCGACUCAGUUCUAUUGCCAUUAUUAACUUGUGUUUGGUGCUGAGAAUAUUAAAGAACUGCUUCCCUUAGUGGAGGAGGCAAAGCCAGCCCCUAAAUAGAGUUACACCCCGAUGGCUGGUAAACCUGUGCCUUUUAGCCAUGAGCCCCCAUGCCAAUGGAACCAGGAACCUAUCACUCUUAUUCAUCUGUCGAAAAAUAAAAGGGAGAGGGGGUGGGGGUAUAUGAACAAUAAAAUGGGUAAAUCAAGAAAGUGGCCAGCGGGAAAUGCUGUGCUCAGCACAUAGAGCUCAUGCAACACUGACCACACUUGAACCACCAAACUGACUGCUGACAGACAACAAGACACGGUGCUCCUUGUUGUUAACUGCGAUAAAUUUCAUGUGACUUCAUGAAACAGUGAAAAAGUGUCUUUUCUAAAACCCUGUGGCCAUUGUGGGCGGGAAGGCAUUUAAAAAAGGUUUAAAAAGGGUUAAUGGACAAUGAGUACAAGUAACAGGUUUGCCAGCAAUGUUUUUUUCAAAGGGUGCCCAGUGUAUGUCUCAGUUUCAGGUCACGGUGUUAAAGGGACAAACUAAAGAAAGUUGAAAGGCUACAUUGUACAGAUCUAUGCACUGCAUGUAUGCAAAAUCAUCAUGUCGACCACAAAUAAGGUUAUUAAUGUCAUGCAGUAAUUUUUCACAGUCGAACAUUGUCCAGUGACUGAAUGUCAUAAUAUCUGUAUACAAUUUUUGGGUGUAUAUUCAGGCCAAUACCGGAUCUUGCCUAGUUGUUAUCUCUAGUGGACAAUAAUUAGUUUCAAAUUCCUAAAAGUUCUUGAUUUUCCUUUCUCUAGGUCUCCUCCUGCAUUCAAGGCUCCUAGAGAUCUCUAACUCAUUGUCAUCUGCAGAAGUGAAAAAGAUCAAGUUGUUGCUCAAAAGCAAAGUCAAUGGUUUCAGACUUGCACGUAUAUCAGAGGCGUUUGAACUGUUUGAAGAACUGGAAACGAAUGGAUUGUUUUCCUUAAACUAUGUUGGGCAACUGCUUGGUGGAAUUCAGCGAUAUGAUCUUGUGGAAAAACUUGGAAUUCAUGCACCCUUACCAAGGAGUAGAAAAGGUCAGAGAAAGUUCAUCAAAUUUAAAACAGUGAUUAUAUCAAAAAGUUUAUUUUAAAGUAAGGGUACAGUCUCUUUGUGCAAUGAUAACAUUCGACAAUGGUUAAUUGUGAAGGAAGAACACCUUCUUGGGACUGACUGUCAGGGUUCUGUCUAGGGUAUUUGAGAGGUAGAAGCCUCCCCCCUAAAAUGCCCAGCUUCCCCACCCCCCCCCCCCCCAAAAAAACAGUUUGUGAUCAUUACAGUGUAUAAGUAACUGCAUCGGAAAAAUCAUCCAGACGCGACAAGGUCUGCACAUGAAUUAUUAGUAUUCCCUGUCUGAGGACACUAGAUGACAAGGAACAUGCAGUAUUAUUUUAAAAUAAAAUAUCACUAUAACAUUCCCCCCUUCUUCCCCUCCCCCGCAGGAAGCUUGUGGCCUUUGGCCACUCAGGACUUCUGCCCCAAACGAGAAAUCCUGGAUGGAACCCUGACUGUAAGUUGACUGUGGAUUGUCUGUUGGCCGAGUGUUCAUCAAUUAUUCACCUAUGUAUAAAGUUGCACUCAUUGUAGAAAACUAUGGAGAAGGGGGUAGAUAUUAUUUUACUUGAUUCCCGAAGAAAACGAAGUCUGUAAGAAGUUUAAAGUAGUACUGGCAAUAAAUUACAUGCAAGAUAUUGCUUAUAGGCAAGAGUUAUAUCAGCCCCUUUCAUUAUUGUGUUCUCCAGGGAUUAGCCUAUGUGAUUUUAGGCUGUCUUGCACCAUGAUAAACUAUGAAAAAAAUUGUGUAAGGGCCCUGCCCCUGUUUUUGUGCUAAUUUAGUUACAGCAAACUUACAACUUACACCAAGCAUGCUACCAAAUCAUCAACUAAAAAUAAAAUUGUACACAUUGAUCGACCAAGUAUAGAAACUCAAUAAAUCAAAAUGGGAAAUUAUUUUUUACACAAGUGUGUUAAGUGCCCUGGCCUUUUAAUAGAAGCUAGGCUGGAGGUAUUUUGUUACAAGCCUUCUUGCUUUUCAUUGGAAAAUUGCAUUAUUAUCAUGCUCACAAGUCUAUUUACAAGAUUAUUUACAUGUGAAAACUGGAAUGUUUGUAGCAAUGCAAGUUCACCUCCGUCAGUCCAUUUAUUCAAAGGCUAAGGCACCGAACACAACUGUCAAAUGGUGUACUGACCAAAUCAUAGACAUUCUCACAAUUCUGCAAAAUGCUGUUUAAGAUGAGCUAAAUUAAAUUACCGUUUUUUAAAAAAAUCUGAUUGUUCAUCAUGCUGAACACGCUAAAUCACGUUGGAAAUGGCAAUAAUCCAAAAUUAACACAAUUGUCGGUGGAGUACAAAAUAAUGGCGCCUCCUUUGGGGUUUAAAGUGUUUUUGCACCUUACAUUGAGCUAAUCAUCUGAUGUAUGGCUCUUAUUUUUUCUAUAUUGCACAUCAGAACAAAGAAUCCCCUAACAUCGCAUAAUACUUGUUUUGUAGGAUCAAACAGUUCUGUUGAGUCAGACCAUGCUUCCAAUUCAGCCAAGUCUGCCCCUGUCCAAGACAACAUUUUGGAUGAACAGACAGAUGGACCUGAAAUGAAGAUGCAGAUGGAUUAUGCACCUUCCUCAAAAAAUUCUUUUGAGCUUACAGGCAGUGAUGAAAAUGGUAUAUCACUAAGAGCAGAGGAAAUAGAUCAUGGUCAAAGCCAGUGUUCAUCAAUUUUAUCCAGUGGAAGCUCAGUUGAGGAAGACGGUGACAUACAUUUGUCAAAUAAGAGUGUGGAAAAUGUUGUGCUGGUCGAGGAAAGUCCUAAGUCACCCAUCCCUUCAGAUGUUAUGUUUAGGUCAAAUUCCAGUCGCAGCUCGUCUGAUUUGUCAGCAAAUUCUGACAAGACUGCACCAGCAAUGUCUAACAGCAUUUUACAAGCUUCUUUUGAAGUUGAUGGGUUUCAAGUGAUGUCAGAUGGUUCCCAGUCAACUUCUGGCUACAGCGACCCCAAUCUCACCACAUGGGAUUCUCAAGGGAUCUCUCAUGUGAUGGCCAGGCCAAGCAACGAGCUAGCAGAUGAAGAUGGCCAGCUACGAGGGGCAUGUGCCGCCAAUGGCGAAGAAAGAGUGGUUGAGUCUCAUGAUUUCUGUGAUGGAGCAGUAAUGACAGUUCCAUAUAGCACAAAGACAAUCACUGAGUGUACAAAAACAGAUUCUCUAAUUAGUUCAGAUUCUAGCCUUGCCAGAACUCAGAGUAUUGCAAAUGGAGGAAGUGUUUCUUCAACACAGCAGCAGGUGUUUUCAGAUGGAGAAAGCCAAACUACUCCACCAUCGUCAGAUGCAACAGACUGGAAACGUCAAGGUGCUAGACCAAAGGAAACUCAACAUACAGUGGUUGAACAAGUACCAAAAGAGCCUGUUGUGUAUAUAACCGAUGGCUUAGCUGGCGAUUUCUUAGCGAGACAUACCCAAGACAAAUCCCUUCAUGACAGCAUCUAUCAAACUGAUGUUGGUUCUUUCUUCAAUGACUUUCCAUCGCAGAGGACUUCCUUUAGUGGCGGUGACAUAUCUCAAUUUAGCAGAGCCCAGGCGUACUUUGGCGAUUGCCAGGUUGCAUCUGGGACAGAGCCUUUUAUUGGAACUGGAAAUUCAUUUGUAAGUGGAUCUAGUAGACAUCUGGGUGGCCCUUCAAAUGCGGAACCUUUCAGUGACAACUCAGGUCUUUCGCCCGGCCGUGUAGGAAAUGAUUUGUUCUCAUUGCAUAGUAACUAUUUAUCAAGAAAUACUUCAACUGGUGCCAACAACUAUUCUCUUCAAAGUGACUUUGUACAUAAUAGCAGUAGAUUUGCAGGAGUUGACCAUUUUGAUGGACAGACUUAUUUGCCGUCAGCACAGCAAGCACCAUAUCCCCCUAUAUCAAGUGAAGACCCUGUUCUAAAUAGAAAUCUAGGAAUGACUGGUUCAAGUUUUGCUGACCCUUCAUGGACAGGUGCAGCGCAAACACUACCUGGGGAUCCUGUAUAUAAUGCACCAAGAUUUAGUAGCUUUUCAAGUGAGCAGCUUACGGGCUCUGUUCACGAUGCAAAUAGGUUUACUGGUGAUGACGAAGUUUCAGCUUUUAUUUCUAAUCAGGGCUCAGAUGAACCGGCUCAGAAACCAAAUUUAACACUUGGAAAUUCAAGGACAACAACUGCAAACAUUGCUGAUGAUGCAAAUUCAGCUGCACGGUAUCAGCUUGGAAAUUCCACAACUUUCGAUGGUGUUUUGGCAGCGAGAUCUACUCAUGACACUUCUGUUUUAGAACCACGUCUUGGUGACACAGACAACAAUAGAGUUUCUGUGUUAAACAACACAGACUUUGGUACUGAUUCAAUAGAGGCCUCUGACAACUCGUUACUUGCUCUGGAACGGCGUGUUGCGGAAGCUUGUGCCCUUGUUGAACGCGUUCUUCGGGAGAGAGAGGAACGUGAACAGUUUGGAAGAGAAAUAGAAAGGAAAGAACAGUUGAUAAGAGAACAAAGAGCUCGAGAAAGGAGAGAGAGAGAAGAAAGAGAGUUACGAGAAGCUGAAAACUGGCCACAACAACAAGAGGCCAUCAACGCACGAUCACAAUGGUUAUGUGAACAUUAUCAGCGGCACUGCAGAGUUCGAUUCCCUUGUUGCACACAAUUCUAUCCAUGCCAUCGCUGUCACAACAUCUCGAAAGCUUGUGACAAUGAAGAGGCUAAAGCUUGUCACGCCACUCACCUGAAGUGCUCUCACUGUCAGCAUGAACAGGAGGUAAAUUUUUAUUUUCAUUUUACACUAAAAAAAAUCAAUAAGCAAUAAAGGCUCGAUUACCAGUGUGCCGCUGUUAAGGAAAUUUCUUUCUGUAGAGCACAGUUCUAUUUUGAAUCAGAAUGAUCAGAAUUAUGGUCUGUGACAUAAAACUCAUUUGAAUGGCAUUCUCCAGAACUGGUUUUCUUUGCCUUUCUUUUAUCUUAUUCACUCCAUUGAGAAAAUUUGUAGAGAUAGUUCGGCUCAAAGGUCAGGGUCAGAUAUUAUGUAAGGUUAGGAGAUACCUAUCAUUGCGAGCAGGAGUAGCCUGAGUAUCAGGCGUUUCUGGGGAAAAGGGGAAAGAUGGAAGCGAAAAAGGGAGAGAGCUGAAGGAGAGAAACCUUCCUUUCUCUUCUCCCCCUCCCUCCUCCCCCAUCUAAAAUCUCCUCUCCCCUAGCCCCUUAGGAAGGCCUGAUACUCAGGCUAGAGCAGGAGAUGAAAAAUCGUUUUUAUUAUUAUUAUUAUUAGUUCCUGUCUACUGGUAUCAUUCCGGGCCGAAUUGUUCAAAGCUGAUUUAAGUUGACACCGGGUCAGACAUAAGGCUUAAAAAGUCAAGUUUGUCUGCAAGUUCAGAUUGGAUGCUCUUAAACUUAACAGAGAAAGUUGUCCAUGAAAAUGCUUUUGAACAAAAGAAAAAGAAACCCGGGUUAAAUUUAAUCCCGGGUUAAGUGCUAAUCGCCCUUUUAACAACUGGGCCCUGUUAGAUAAGAAAGCUGAUGAAAUUGUUCUCGCCAAAAUUUCAAGAAAAAUAAGAAUAUGAUCGGUUUCCGUGGUGGAAGUUUCCAAAUGGCCUAUUUUUAACCUGAAAAUCGGCAGAUAAGUCUCUUGGCGUUCGCCAAAAAGCCGCACGGAGAGAUUUGGACACUUUCCAUCAAGAGAAAAACUCUUUUCCUUUCACCAGAAAAUAAUUUUGGGCUUUUUCGAGACACCUCCGACGGACAUAAUUCAAAAUCAAGCAAAGAACAGGUUUUCAAGAAAACAAAAACUGUAAUUUAAUAGGUCUUACCUGCUGCAUUGUUUAUCUUGUGAUACGAGUUCAGAUUUUCUCAAUUCUUGUUUAAUGACACAUUUAGACCUGACAUUAAUCUAAUCAUACCUUAGAACCUUUGGCUCAGCGAAAGCGUGGAAGUAAUAAUGAUUAAAAAUUUAUAACGCGCCUUUAAUUUUCCAUGUAAAUAUGAUCAAAAGCGUGUAACAGCUGAUGCGAAAAGUCUAAAUUUCCUCGUUUCGAAAUGUUACAGAGCGAAGUAUAUUUUUGUUUCCUCACUCUUAUUGUGAAUUACCAUUAUCAAAGUCCUUUUCCUCGAAAAAAAGCGAGUACCAUAACUCUAGCUCGAUCGUCGAUCGAUGUUUUUUCAUCUUAGCGACAACGAUUUUCAAUCAGGUAUAUACAAAUAUGUAAAUUAUAGACUACUUCGAGACUGCGGUGACGGCUGUCUGAGGUUAAAUAUUAGGGAGUUUAAGAUACCACGACGGCGACGGCGGCAAAAACGUCGCUUAAAAAGUGACUCCUCGAUCUAUGAAACUUAAGGUCUCGGUAAAUGAAAAUUUUAGUACAUUGCUCGAUUUUGUUUUUUUUGGAUUUUUGUCAUGAGGGGGUCCUAAAUUUUAUUUUGGCAGAAAAAGAAAAUCAGAAAGUGCUUUUUAACCCUUCUAAAAUGAGCCUUUUCUGAGCUAACCAGCCAAGCGAGGACCUCGCGCUAAAUCUUUAGAGCUGAUUUUCCCUCACUCUAUUUUAGACGCAAAAAUCAAACUUCUCCGACCUCCAGUCGGGACAGGUUUUAAGCUAUCGCUUUGAAACUUUCAGAUAUGAUGGAUAAUGAUAUAGACUCAAAAAGGGUGUGAGGAAUUUUCCGAUUUCCCUUUGUAACUCAUUUUAUGUCAGUUUCUUUGCGUAAAUCACGCUCGAGAUUCGACUUUUUAGUUUGAAGUGCAAUAAUUCCGGUAAUACGAGACAUAUGCAAAUUUCCUCACACCCUUUUUUAGGUCUUUUAUCUGUCAAUCAGACGCAAUAAAAAGGAAGCGAAUAUUUAACAACGCGAAAGGGCUGGAGCUUCAGCAGUAAACUCGAUACCUCUGAGUUCGAGAGCAAAAACCUUAAGCGCCCUUUGAAAUUCGAUGAAAUAAAAUCUUUUAUAAGGUAAUUUAGUCUUUUAGCUUUAAUUUGAUAUAUAACUUGCCUUUGUAGCGAAAAUACUCGCGCGACUAGAAUUUUUUUCUGUGGGCACCUCGUUUUCCUUUACCGAGACCUUAAGCGCAAUCAUCCCAACUCGGUCACUAUGUUUCAUGUAGGCGAACUCUCCUGGAGUUGAAUUCUUAAGAAAAAUAUUCAGGUUUACAAAGAGUAAGAGAGAUUCGCUUUCGUAAGUUCACGUUGUCGAUAAAACGUGAAAUUAGGCAAUUCACGUCGUAGUCGUGCAGUGACGGGAAAACCUACAAGAAGUAUAAACUAUAACGAGCGUCCAGGGUUCAAAUAUCUGCGUUUGUGCGUUUCGAAAUUGGAAGUUUUUGCACCCUGAAAUUUCCUAAACUUCAGAGCCGGCUUGCAAAGAUUUCAUUUAAAAGCUCAGCUCAAUUUCCAGGUAUUUUAAUUCUAUUUAAUAACAGGCUUUUGGUGCGAAUAACUCACGUUAAGUUUUUUUAUCUACCAAACAGCUAUCUAUGAACAAAACAUGAAAGACUCUUCCACGAAAUCAAGAUUUUUCUCGAUUUUUUUUCUAACCGCGUCCAUUUGUCGCGUAGGAAGCAAACAAGCAAAUGAAAUAAAAACAGCAACCAAAGAAAAAACAAGACGGAAAAAAAAACAUUGGAAAAAUGGUUUUUCGGAGGGACCGAACUCGUCCUAACAGAUAGCAAAACAGAUGUUUGAAUUGUGUAGUCGCAUUACCCACUACACCGUUCAGGCAUCUCCCACAACACCUCUGUUUUUUUAAGUAUUGGCUAAGACCAGGCUCAUUGGUAGGGAAAAAUGGCGAAUACCGGAUGCAAAAAAUCGAAGCCGAACGAAAGGGCCGCCGCCCCUUUCUCCCUUCAAUCCCCCGCUCGGUUUGCGCUCCUUUCUUCACGGUGGCCCCCGUUCUUUGCCCUUUUUCUCCAAUAAAGAGCCUGGUGCCAGUGCCGACCAGUGUUCCCAUCAUAUGAACCGCGAUUCAGGUGUAUGAUCGCUAAUCACUAGUAACAUGACGUGACAGGGAAAUGGCGUCUCUUAGAAAAACGAAACAAAAGCAAUUAAAUUAACUGCCAAAACCGUGGAUCAAAGUCCUGCUGGUUAUAAACGUUGGAUCUCUAGGGAAAAAACAUAACAAAACAAAAGCAACAUUUCCCCCUAUCGGAAUUUUCAGUUUUAAUGGAAAACUGUAAGGACGAGAUGGAGAAUUAAUGUGACGAUAGUUUGGGAGCUCACUUUCUUUCAUGUUUCAAUUUGUUUUUUAAAAGAUGCUUCGACGAGCCGCUUCUAAAGUUUGCUUAACAUAUGUCUAAUUUUAAACCUUUCGAGAGAAGGGUUUUUUCUUCAAACAGAGGGUGAAGUCAACAACUGGACCCUUCAAGAACUUUCCUUUUUUGGCUUUUUUUUUGUCGCUCGCGUUGAUUUUCGAUAGUGAAAGUUAGCGAACAUUCACGACCCGCAAAAAAAACAACAGCACAACAGACUGCGGGGUGCAUUUUUAACUGCUUCAUUUCUAGGUUAUUUCGACAGUUUUGCGUGUGUCGUUUCGUCGUUCCGAUGAUACAGAUGAUAUUAAGCGGGCUUUAUAACUUUUUUUUUUUCGAGCCGACAGUCGUAAUUUCCACUUUUAAAAAAAUGUAGUCCUUUUGAAAACCGUCUCCCCCAAUAAACGAAACAUCCAAGAACAUCCUCAUUCUCGCAAGACUUUGUUUUUGCUUAGGAUAAUACAUAAAUAUAUAUUAGAAUUCGUCAAUUUCUGCAUUUUCCUAAAUGGGAAAUGGGUGCGGCGGAAGUAAUUUGAUUGGCUGUUUCGGCGAAUGUAAAUAAAUUAAAACCGGAAGUGGCGGACUUUUCAUGAAGAUUUGUUUAAGGAGUUAUUGACCAUUUACAAAAAUGUUCCAGAAAAUCCGGUUGGACUUUUGGGGCGUUUCAGCGGAAAAUUUCCGGGAGCAACGGAACAUCCGAAACGGUACUCCUGGACUGCAUGUUCUAAACGGAGAUUCGUAUUUCAUUUAUUCAAAGCUUUCUUUGAAACCAGUUUGAGGCCUUCGCGAACGUUUUUUAAUUUAUGGUUUUGAAUUGCGCAAAUCAGUGGUAAACGCGAUUCCGGCGCUAAACUUGCCACAGGUGGACGUCACGAGUUUCUAACCAAGCAGACGCGAGCUUUUGUAGCCGAGCGAGCCACGAAGUCGUUUGAAAGUGAUUCCUGGACGAAGUUUACCAGCCCUGAAUUGCCCAAACCGUCAACCGAUCAGUUUGCCCAUAUAAAUGGUCAACAACCAGGAUGUCUUAUUGUUCCGCCUUUCCGCCGGAAGUUUAUUUACGAGUGAAAUGAAUAUAGAGCCUUAGGUCUGGAUAAGGUAUCAUAACUGAUACAAUAGUUAUACAGUCAACUUCUAUUGUUGCAGGCAUUUCUAAGGAAGAGGGAGAAAUCGGUUGUUCUUGAUUGGUCUUUGCGGGGUUUCAAUUAAAUGCAUGUAGCCAGGCCGGAAAGAAGGAAACCCGAAAGGCGGCAAGGCCGAGUGCUCAGCGCCUCAGUCUUGGAAGUCCGAGUUUUUGCGCUCGAAUCUCCUGCUCGUUUGUUCCGAGUUCAAAUGCUCGAUCGUGCUUGUAAAUAGCCAGCUGGUUACUUCCCGACAGAUAGUUUUCUGACACUUGAUUAUUUUUAAGUGCCUGUAAGCUAGCUAGAGCAUGAACUUCUGUUUCAAACAAAACAUCUACUUAAAUAAUAAAAACCUGAGCAGAAAUGUUUGCGCUGUGAAUGAGAUUAAGAUCGUAUUCGACUUUGUGUUUGUGUGUUUAGUGGAGGGGUGGGUAGGGAGAGUGCUCUACUUCUCUGGGAGACGAUGUAUUGUAAAUGGUUUGGUUCCCAGUUUGCACUUGACACUAAAUCCUCGAUUAAACUACUUUGUGAUUGUUGUUACAGAUUGGUGAAGACAGUGCAAAGUGUCGUAAGUGUGGAGGGAAAAUGUCUGCUUAUUUCUGUGCCAUUUGUAAACAUUUCACCAGUGUGGACAAGAAUCCGUACCAUUGUGAAAAAUGUGGAAUAUGCCGGUAGGUCAAGAGAAACAUCCUUCUAGCAAAAUUAAGAGUACCGUAUGAACUAUUAAAUAGACGCACUCUCUCAAAUAACGCCUCUUGUGUAAUAAACGCCCCGCUGCAAUUUUAAGCUUGUAUUUAACACCCCUCUCUGAUAAACGCCCCUCGCUACUAGACACCCUGUGUUAAAACUGCUCUAAAAUAUUAGGACUUGUAAUAAUCAUUGAAUUUAUGAAUCCGUGUUCGUCUUAUUCUACGAGCUUGACGUCUGCACGAAAAGGAGAAUAAGGGAAACGAAAACGAGUCCAAAGGAGUCCAGAUGCCCCUGAUAAAAUUAAGAGGGGCGGCUAAUCGGCUUUCGCCCGUGACAGGCCGAAAAUUUUUGCCUUUGUACCACAGGAACACCAGAUUAGGAUGCGUUCUGCCGAACGCGAAUAGCGAAAUAAAGCAAAAUCAUUCAAUUUAUUCAAUCUGCCUCUUGUUCAAUGUCACGUUCCAAGUAAGGAAUAGGAUCCUAGCAUCGAGGUUGGGAUGUAAAAAACAAUUUGGAUCUCUAAAAGGCCUAAUCUUACCGAAAACCACCUUUUGUUUCCAGAACCAAUGCGCUUUUGUUUUGCACGUUUUAUCAGGCGAUCAUAAGUAUUGCUAUAGUGUUCUGCAAUUGUAUCAAUGUUAACGUUUUAUCUUCCAGAAUUCAUCAGGACAAAUCAUUCCACUGUGAAGUGUGUAAUGUGUGUUUAGACAAACGCCUAGAGGGAAAUCACAAAUGUCGACCAGAUUCAGGUCACGACGAAUGCUGUAUUUGCUUGGAGGUGAGGUUCUAUCAACAUUGUUCAGUUACCAUGAAAAUCUGCCGCGCUUGUUUAUUGCAAUGAUAGGCUUGUCAUAAAAGAAAAUGACUGAUUAUUCAAGUGCAAAAUUAAGUCAAAAGAAUGUAGACGUCGAAACAGGAUGGUCGUAGAUGCGGUUUCAUUAUAUUUUUUGAGCAGGGUAGAGGGCAGUUUCAUACCUAUCACUAGAGCAAAAAGACAGAUAGUAGCUUGUUUAUACGUGUCUAAAGACUGUUACAGUAAAUUGCAAUGCUGAUUCAAUUUUUUUUCUUUUCAUUAUUUGCAGGAUGCAUUCAGUGGUUGCCAGAUAUUACCAUGCUCACACAAGGUCCACAGAGAAUGUGCAAUUGCAAUGAUACAAAACGGCAUGUAAGUCGUCAGGUUACCUAGGGCGCUUCCAUUUUUCAGAACUGACCUGCCAGACCCUUGCCGUCAUAAUGAGAAUUUGAUUUUUAAUCAAAACUAUCCAGCCAGAUCAGUCAAAUCCUAAAUAGUGUACAUGAAGGAGAUGGUUUCAGCAAAAACCCUUGGAAAAAGCAGCUUUCAUUGUCAAACUAAGUGGUCUGGCGGUGGCCCGGCCGGCCAGUUCUGACAAAUGCAAAGCGCCCUUAGGCUUGGUAUGGGCUGAGUUACUGUUGAUAAUUACUCGUGCAAAGCAAAUGGAGUUGAAGCUAAGGAAAGGGAAAUGUUCUUUAUUUGUAGUUUUCACUUUUUCAUAUCAGAAAUGUUUAUUAAUGUUUCAAGGAGUAGUAAAUUCUAUUAAUUUGAACCGUCUGACGUAUCGAUCACUUGCUGCCUCAUGCCUCAACAGUCCAUUUAAAUUCUUGUAAAUUUUAAACAAGAAGUAAGGAUUAUUGUUGUUGUUGUUGUUGUUGUUGUUGUCAGUACAGUGUCCUUUUUGAGAAACUUUUCUGUAGGUGGGAAAGAAGAAAAUAGGUCGAUUGCUUUUUUCGCUAAUAUUUUAUUUCUUGAAAGGUUUGUGAAAAAUUUGUAAUCAUUGUUUUUUGUCUCUUUCAGUCGUACCUGUCCGAUUUGUCGACAUCCCUUGUACAGCCAGUCCAGCAGGGAGUAAGAUUUCUAGUAGAGGAUCUCUCAUUUUGUCCCUUGAUUGACCAAGAUAAUGCAGAUGAGUUAUCGUGCGGGAUUUAUGGUACAAAAUGUACGCUGUUCUACGCAACCAACGC